AAUAGCUAGUUCCUCCCAUGGGCUGAUUUAUAAAUCAGUGCUUUGGAGAGGAGCUGGGGACAGCACUGUGUGGCAAUGUUACAAGCAGUUUCUGUAGAUCUCUUGGGAAUAUCUGGGAUUCAGAGGAUGAUAUAUAGGAUUGCUGUGUAACAGUUUGGGAUACCGUGAAGGUCAGAUUAAAUGACCAGUACUGGGGGCCAAUGGAGCUAUUAAGAGUUUGUUCCUAAGGAAAUCUGUUAAACCUUCUCCUUGUUACACUUGAAGCUUCACACUAUCAAAACUACUCUAUGUGCUCGCCUUAGUCUAGUAGUGUCAGUGUUUUAUCAACAGAUAAUUGAGCUGCUGUAAAAAAUUUUUGGAAAACAGAGCUGUGACUAGCCAUUUUUUGUUUUGUAUGAUUUUUCUUCUAAAAACAAACUGAAAAGAGAAUUAAGGAAAACUUGAGAGAAUUGUUCUACAUCCAAAAUGAUACCCUGUGGACCAGUUCUGUCAUUUGUUCGGUGUCUGUUGCGAAGAAAAAUUGUCUCUGUGGACAGUCUUGAAGAUUCCAAGUUAUGCCGAUGUUUAUCCACUGUGGACCUUAUAGCUCUGGGAGUGGGAAGCACUCUUGGUGCUGGUGUUUACGUACUUGCUGGAGAAGUAGCAAAAGCAGAUUCUGGACCGAGUAUUGUUAUUUCUUUCCUCAUUGCUGCCUUGGCAUCUGUGAUGGCAGGUCUUUGCUAUGCUGAGUUUGGUGCUCGUGUUCCCAAGACUGGUUCUGCAUAUUUGUAUACUUAUGUAACUGUUGGUGAACUGUGGGCUUUUAUCACUGGCUGGAAUCUCAUUUUAUCAUACGUUAUAGGUACAUCCAGUGUAGCAAGAGCAUGGAGUGGCACCUUUGAUGAACUUCUUGGAAAACAAAUUGGUCAGUUUUUCAGAACCUACUUCAGAAUGGAUUUUUCUGGUCUAGCAGAGUAUCCAGACUUUUUUGCAGUAUGUCUGAUAUUGCUUCUGGCAGGUCUUCUGUCUUUUGGAGUAAAAGAAUCUGCAUGGGUGAAUAAGAUCUUCACUGCUGUUAACAUCUUGGUUCUCCUCUUUGUUAUGAUUUCUGGUUUUGUGAAAGGAGAAGCUGACAACUGGAAAAUAAGUGAAGAAUCUCUCAUAAACCUCACAGCACAAACAGGAAAUUAUUCUUCAUAUAAGAACGUGACAAGCAUGUUUGGGGCCGGUGGUUUUAUGCCAUAUGGUUUUACAGGAACAUUGGCUGGUGCUGCAACAUGUUUUUAUGCCUUUGUGGGAUUUGAUUGCAUUGCAACAACUGGGGAAGAAGUCAGGAAUCCUCAGAAAGCUAUACCUAUUGGAAUUGUGACUUCCCUGCUUGUCUGUUUUAUGGCCUAUUUUGGUGUUUCGGCAGCUUUGACUCUUAUGAUGCCAUACUAUCUUCUAGAUGAGAAAAGUCCUCUUCCUGUAGCAUUUGAAUAUGUUGGAUGGGGUCCUGCAAAGUAUGUUGUAGCAGUGGGAUCCCUCUGUGCUUUGUCCACAAGUCUUCUUGGAUCCAUUUUCCCAAUGCCACGUGUAAUCUAUGCUAUGGCGGAAGAUGGGUUGCUUUUCAAAUGUCUAGCUCAAAUCAAUUCCAAAACGAAGACUCCAGUUAUUGCUACUUUGUCAUCGGGUGCAGUAGCAGCUAUAAUGGCAUUUCUUUUUGACCUAAAGGCUCUGGUGGAUAUGAUGUCUAUUGGUACACUUCUUGCUUACUCACUUGUAGCAGCCUGUGUUCUCAUCCUCAGGUACCAACCCAAUUUAACCUAUGACCAACCAAAAUAUUCUCCAGAGAAAGAGGCUCUGACAGGAUCAGAAAGGGAGUCUGAAAUUAGUAUGCUACAAGGGCACCGCUUCAGUCUUCAGACAUUGAUGAAUCCAUCCAGUUUGCCAACAGAGCAGUCUGCUACUACUGUUAGCUUUUUGGUGGGUCUAUUAGCUUUUCUGGUGUGUGGGUUGAGUGUUCUGACCACAUAUGGGAUUCAUUUUAUUGCUAAUAUGGAGCCUUGGAGCAUUGGUCUUCUUGCUGUGUUGGUAGUACUCUUCAUAGUCAUAGUUCUCACCAUUUGGAGGCAGCCUCAGAGCCAGCAGAAAGUGGCCUUUAUGGUUCCAUUCUUGCCAUUUUUGCCAUCCUUCAGUAUCUUGGUGAAUAUUUACUUGAUGGUACAGUUAAGUGGAGAGACUUGGAUCAGAUUUAGCUUCUGGAUGGCUUUUGGCUUCUUUAUUUACUUUGCGUAUGGCAUCAGACACAGUCUUGAAGGUCAUCCUAGAGAUGAGGAAGAUGAAGAUACUUGCUCCGAAAAUAGUGGAGUACAGGAAAAGAACCCUGUGGAAGAAGCAGAUGAACAUGUUGAUGAAAAUGCUCGGUUUAUUACACAUGAAAGGACAAGUGAAUGUUAAUGUUUGCAAACAACCUUAACGUGCAUGUCUCUUAAGUAGUAGUAAACUGUGACCGAAUAUAGUUGCUGAACAAAAUUGUCAAAAGGUAGCUGCCAGCAGAUUAACAAUAAUUUAUAUUUGUGCAUCUUGAAAGUGCCUACCACAAAGCAUGACUGAAGUGUUGGACUAGCUGCUAAUUCCUCUUGGAUACUUCAAAUCCAGUAGCAUGAAGACUUUCUUCAGUGAUAAAUUGAUGUCCCAGAUGAAAACAUCAAGGAAGAUGAUGGGAAGGACAAACUUCCAAGGGGAUAACUGUACCUUUGCUAUGCUAAAAUUUUGGUUGCACAAUUAUAUACAAUUAAUUGGUGAUCAUAAAGUAUAAAGAAUUUUAG